CUUUCCAACCGCCAAGCACCACUAAGGCGCACUAACAAACAGCGGGACAAAAAGACGAAAUAUAGAUGGAGAGAAUAGCAUGGUAGAGUGGACUACUACCCAUAUGCGAUUUUGCUUUAUUGGAAUCAGCAGUCCAAAGUUUUCGGUGAUUGAUUUGAGAUUGAGGGAGAGUCUUCGGGGACUUUCUCACUUGCUAUUGUGUGAGAACUAUACUGGGAUACUAUUCACUGUGGAGAUUGGAGUGAUAAGAGGUGAGUGGAUAUAAAUCCGCCAUCUUAUUUCAGCUCAGUAGGUACCGUGGAAUCAGCUCUUUCUUCACGUACAGCUAACUUACGCCUUCCAGUUGCCGAGCAUCUCCUCCCUGCCUUCUAAAAACACUCAUCUGAUUCUUGACUAAUAAAGAUAGAAAGGAUACGGAGCUUGCUAAAGUUCUGUUUUGAUUCGAAGCUGCUUCAAUGGCAGCAGCUCAGUUGCGCGUUGUUAUGCCUAUUGAGUUCUCAACCAGUAUUGGGUUCUCGGAUGCAAUAAGAGAAGGAGGGAGUAGGCUAUUGAACCCAAAGAAUGAUUGUAGGUUUCUACAGAGGAAGAAGAUAAGAUGGAGUUUCUACUCUCUGUUUGCAAACACGAACUAUGCUUGUGUUGUCCAGGAGACAGAGAAGGAUUUGAAGUUCCCCAUUUAUUCGAGCAUGGUUGCGAAUCCGGUGGGAGAGGUUGCCAUUUCUUCAGAGCAGAAGGUUUAUGAUGUGGUCCUGAAGCAGGCGGCUCUUGUGGAGCAGCAGCUAAGGAGGAAGACAGCUAUCGAAGUGAACACAGACAUGGUAGUUCCUGGCACCGUUUAUUUGUUGAAGGAAGCUUAUGAUCGAUGUGGGCAAGUCUGCGCAGAGUAUGCCAAAACCUUUUACUUGGGAACUCUGCUAAUGACACCGGAGAGGAGAAGAGCAAUAUGGGCAAUCUAUGUAUGGUGCAGGAGAACAGAUGAGCUUGUGGAUGGUCCCAAUGCAUCCCAUAUCACUCCGUCAGCUCUUGAUCGGUGGGAGGCAAGGCUGGAGGAUGUAUUUGCUGGACAACCAUAUGACAUGCUUGAUGCUGCCCUUUCGGAUACUGUUGUUAAUUUCCCUGUCGACAUCCAGCCAUUCAAGGACAUGAUAGAAGGAAUGAGAAUGGACUUGAAAAAAUCAAGAUACAAGAAUUUCGACGAGCUCUAUCUAUAUUGCUACUAUGUUGCUGGUACUGUAGGAUUGAUGAGUGUUCCAGUGAUGGGCAUUGCUCCAGAAUCUCAUGCUACAACUGAGAGUGUUUACAAUGCUGCAUUGGCUCUAGGAAUUGCGAACCAGCUUACAAACAUUCUUAGGGAUGUGGGGGAAGACGCAACAAGAGGAAGGGUGUAUCUUCCACAGGAUGAGCUCGCUGAUGCCGGGCUUUCAGAUGAAGAUAUAUUUAAUGGGAAGGUAACUGAUAGGUGGAGAAAUUUCAUGAAAAAUCAAAUUAGAAGGGCUCGGAUGUUCUUUAUGGAGGCAGAGAAGGGGGUUUCUGAGCUUAGUCAAGCUAGUAGGUGGCCGGUAUCGGCUUCGUUGCUUCUCUACCGGCAGAUACUGGACGAGAUUGAAGCAAAUGAUUACAACAAUUUCACAAAAAGGGCAUAUGUGAGCAAAGCGAAGAAGUUGAUAGCACUGCCCGUAGCUUUUGGAAGGUCUCUCAUUAGGCCGUCGAGGAAGAAGCUAGCACUUGUAAAACCAUGAAAUUUUUUAUAAAUAAUUUUAUACAACCUUAGAAGUUUGUAAUGCAUAAUUGAUACAUAUGUAUCUGCACGUCUGUAGUUGAUCGCAAAGCGAUAUGUUUUGUACAUUGUAAAUUAGAAGCAAAAGGGAAGGUAGAUGACAUACAUGAUAUCUACAAUUCAAAAAAUGCGGUAAUUUGCUAUACAUCCACAUCAAAAUAUGAAUACAUACAUGCAAUCUUUAAUGAA